CUCUCCUCCUCUCUAUCUCUUCCCGUCCUCUCCCUCACGCGCGUUUGGAUCGACCCCCGGUGAAGCUGCAUGCGCUGAGGGCGACAACGUAGCGUCCCACCGUACAUGUGCAUGUGGUGUGGAAGGGAAGGAGAGACGAAAGAGAACGAUCGACUCGUCAAUUGGUGAUCACAGUGGGCAGGCACGUCGUCGUAGGUAGGUGGUGCAUGCAUGAGCAAGAAGAAGAGAGAAGGAGGCGGAGGAGGAAAAGGCGGUGGGGGAGGGGCUCAUCAGCACAGGGGAGGCGGCGGCGGGCCGACGCCGGUAACGGAUGUGCUCUCCAUGGACGGCGGCCUCCGCGAGGUGUCGGUCUCGGUCGUCUUCUCCGUAUGGUGUCUCCUUUUCCUCCUGCGCUCCCAGUUCCUCAACAGCCAGACCGACGACCCUUCGGAUUUCUACGGCGAGCGCGACAACUACUGCAAGGUGAUGCCACUGGAGGCAUACAUAUUCCCGGCCGAUACCGCCUCCUCCCCGACGUGCCAAUCCUCCUCCUCGCCGCACCCCCCAGAAGCACUACCACCGUCCAACGCAAGCGGCGGCAACUCGUCGACCGAGGCGGCCUUGGUGGAGCUGGACGAGUUCCGGAGCCGCAUCCUGCAGGGCAAGGCCGACAACGACAGCGGCCGGCACCACCAGCGCGUCGCCGACGGCGCCGCGCACCGCCUCGAGCCUAGCGGCGCCGAGUACAACUACGCGGCGGCGUCCAAGGGUGCCAAGGUGCUCGCCCAUAACAAGGAGGCCAAGGGCGCCGCGAACAUCCUCGACGGCGACAAGGACCGCUACCUCCGCAACCCGUGCUCCGCGGACGACAAGUUCGUCGUGGUGCAGCUCUCCGAGGAGACGCUCGUCCACACCGUGGCGCUGGCCAACCUGGAGCACUACUCCUCCAACUUCAAGGACCUGGAGCUACAUGGCAGCCUAAGCUACCCGGGGGAGGCGUGGGAACUGCUGGGGCGGUUCACGGCGGAGAAGGGCAAGCACGCUCAGCGCUUCGUGCUGGCGGAGCCCCGGUGGACGCGCUACCUCCGGCUGCGCCUCGUCAGCCACUACGGCUCCGGGUUCUACUGCAUCCUCAGCUACCUCGAAGUGUACGGCAUCGACGCCGUGGAGCGCAUGCUGCAGGACUUUGUCGCCAGCCACAGCCCCGACGCGGACGCCGCAAAGGCUGCCGCCGACGCCCGUAAGGAGAGCGGCCACAACGACACCGCCGGCUCCCAGGUCCACGACAGGCAGGUGGAGGGCAGCGGGCGGAACGAGAGCGCCGGCGACGUGGCCAAGAACAACGGCUCGAGGGUGGCGGACGGGAAGCCGGCGCAGGCGCAGGGCAAGGAGGCGGUGAAGCAGGCGACGGGGCGGGUGCACGGCGACGUGGUGCUCAAGAUCCUGAUGCAGAAGCUGAGGUCCCUGGAGCUGGGGCUGUCGACGCUGGAGGAGUACACCAAGGUGCUGAACCAGAGGUACGGCGGCAAGCUGCCGGACCUGCACAACGGGCUGGCGCAGACAGGCAAGGCGCUGGAGAAGAUGAAGGCGGACGUGGAGGACCUGGUGGAGUGGAAGGACAAGGUGGCGAGGGAUGUGGGAGAGCUGAGGGACUGGAAAUCAAGCGUCUCGCGGAAACUAGACCAUCUGGUCAGGGAGAACGCGGCGAUGAGGUGGGAUGUGGAGGAGAUGAGAAGCAUCCAGGAGACGCUUCAGAACAAGGAACUGGCGGUGCUUUCCAUCAGCCUCUUCUUGGCGUGCGUCGCGCUCUUCAAGCUGGCGUGCGACCGCUUGCUGCUGCUCUUCGCCAGCAAGGAGGACGACGGGGCAGGGACGGGGUGGAUGCUCGUGUUGGCGGCCAGCAGCCUCACCACCCUCAUCGUGCUGCUCUACAGCUGAACGAUUUUUUAGGAAUAGAAAAAUAAUGACUUUGCGAGCUAGACCUCGUUACCUUCUUUCAGGUCAUGUUAUGAGUUAGCAAGUCAUUAGGCAAUCUAAUUCUCCCCUCGUUUAGCACAGCUAGUCUUGUUUUACAAGAGAAAUAAAGUACAAGAAAGAUGGGUAUACUGUGCAGUAUGUUAGCGCGGCUUUCAACCUGCAUUACUUCAACUACAAGACGCUAUGGAUGACUAACGAGGAACCAA